GUGACCGUCGGGUUCUCCAAACCCAGCCACGUCCCUAAACCUUUGAACAUGCUGGGGGAAACACACGGAACCUUUUAGAGUCAAGAAAAUAACAAAACAAUCUGAGCACACAGAACCUUCUGACUUUAUGCAACCAGGAACUAAACUGACGUUUUCUUCUUCUGUGGUCUCAGAUGUGCGGUUGUGCGAUCCUGACACCCAGCGGCCAACAGCGGGAAAUCUGCUGUUAUGAGGAACCUGCGGUUGUGGAGCGGCAGGUGGCGGUAAUGAGCUGAGAAUGAUUCCGCAUCUUGUGACAAAGCGAGACAAGGACGGAGAAGGAAGACCGGCGAACGCGCGACAGGCUCACUGCGGUGAAAAAUGAAGAUUUUGAUGGUUUUUGAUUUUGACCACACUGUGGUUGAUGAGAACAGUGACACCUGGGUGCUCAGAUGCCUUCCUGAACAGACACUUCCCGACUCCGUGAAGAAUUCCUACAGAAAAGGCUUCUGGACCGAGUACAUGGGCAGGGUGAUGAACUACAUAGGAGAGCAGGAGGUGAGCCCCGACAGGGUCCGCAGUGUGAUGGAGACCAUCCCCUUCACAGCUGGAAUGACUGACUUACUCACGUUCAUAUCAGAGAAUAAAGGCAUCAUUGACUGCAUAGUCAUCUCUGACUCCAACACCUUGUUUAUAGAAUGGAUUCUCCGUGCUUCAGGACUGCAGGCAGCUGUUGACAAGGUUUUCACCAACUCAGCUAAGCUCAAUGAGUUGGGCUACAUUGAGGUGCAGUGCUAUCAUUCUCACGACUGUGAUCGAUGCCCUGUCAACCUCUGCAAGAGAAAAGCCCUGGAGCUUUACCUGAAUGGGCAAUCUGAUGCCGGCAUGGAGUAUGAGCGGAUCUUUUACGUGGGGGAUGGGGGUAAUGAUCUCUGCCCUACUUCCUGUCUGAGAGGGCACGAUGUUGUGAUGCCCAGAAAGGGCUACACUCUGGAGAAGCUGCUAGCCAAAAUGGAAGGUCAGGAGGGCAGUUCUCCUCUAAGAGCUAAAAACAUUGCCUGGAGCAGUGGCACUGACAUUCUCCGGGAGCUGAAAGCAAGCAUGCAGGCGUAGCUGCUGCAGGUGAAGCAGCUGAAAUAUUACAAAUGUUGAGCCUGCACUGCAGGACACAUUGUGCUCACAUUGUGUGUAGUUUUUCUUUUCAUAUUAUCAUGCUAAUUUAAAAAAAAAUAUUUUUCAAAUUUUUAAUUAAGAUGACAGAAAAAUAUUUGCACUCAUUAACUAGUCUUUGAAAAAGGGUCAUUUGUCUGCAGGGAAAUUUCCCCUUUUUCUUUUCUCUUCCUGAUGGGAUUCUUUUCCUCUUUUUCCAUCGUGGUGGACGAUGGAGGCGUCUGAAACCAGGAGCAAUACAUAGACACAACGACAGUGCUGAUGUGCACUAUAAUGAACAGUAGACCAGAAUUCACUAUAGAUUAUAUUUAGUAUUUACGAUUUCAGUUAUUGGGGUUGAUCCAAGAAGCAGGAAGUUAACUGGAUCUGAUAAAGUAAAAGUCUCAGCAGGUUCCCAGACGUGGAUUAAACCUCGUCCCAAACUAGAACAAAACAGAAUGUGUCCUCUGAAAUGUUUAUGGAUAAAUUGAAAACUCUACUUUAUUCAGUAACUGGCUUCUAUAUCGAUCUACAGUACUGUGCAAAAAUCUUGAGCCACCCCUCACUUCCUUAUAUUUUGACAGGAAAUCAGAAAUCGGUGCAGCAAUUUAUUGAAACGUGGAAGCAUACACGGAAAUCCAGCGUUUAAGGCAAAAGCAGAGUUUGUACAUUUUUAAUGAGCUUGAAACUUCCUCAGGCAAAUUUUCUUGUAAUUUCUUUGGGUUAUCUUCAGGAAUAAUUCUGAUGGAGUUUUUCUGUGCCUUUAUUAUUGUCAGGCUCAUGCCAGUCAGAUGCUUUCCAGAUGGUUUUUCAUGGUGGAUCAAAAUCUGAUGAUACUUUUCUGUGUUCAUAAUUCCAACACCACUGGCUGAAAUGCAGCCCCAAACCAUGACAGAGGCUCCACCGUGUCGGACCUUUCUCCUGACCUUGUCCAUACACACUGAUGAUGUUUCCCUUCUUUAAGAAUAGCUUCUUCACAGCCUCCCUUCCACUAACAUCAUUUCUGAUGAGGCUUAGACAAACAGAUGGACUCAACUCCAGGGUCAGAAGCAUCUCUCAGGUCCCGUGUCAGGGCUUUACAUUUGUUUCUUAAAGACAUGAAUAUCAGAUACUAUUCAUCUGCUGUAGGUAGUUUUUUAGGUCUGACGCGUCUUCUUUUGUCCACUUUCCUCAAAUUUGCCUCAAAUCUGCACAACAUGCCAGGUUUCGGUCUAAUAGCUCUUUGGAAAUCACCUUGAUGGUGCAAAAAUACAAUUUUAUGCCUGUCAAACUUUGUUAUCUUUGAUGGCUUUUUGUAGAUUCAACUAAAGAAAUGGGGACAAAUGUUGUGUUUUUGUGCUGCUAGUGACAAAGAUACACUUUAAAAUUGGUUCUUUGCUAAAUUGUCUGUCAUGUGUGACACAACAUUGGUUCAUCACUUGGGUUCGGAGGCCAGUGUUAAGUAGCUGAACAAACAAAAACAUAUUGCACAGAAAAUGGUCCGAGGACUAAACUGAGUGAAAAAGCAGCCAAUGUCUGGCUCAUUGGGAGCAAAAUAUAAAGAAAUGAGGGGUGGCUCGAGACUUUUGCACAGUGCUAUAUGUGUUGCAUUAACAACAACAAAAUAACUUUUCUCACGUGUUGUGUGUCCACAGACUCAGUGGAGAGCUUCACUCACUUUUUCUUUUCUUUGUUUUUCCUGAGCACCAGGCUCAGCCUGUGUUUGGGAAACUGGCUGAAAUUAAUAUGUCCAAAACAACGAGCAAACACUGGAUUCUGGAUAUUACAUUUAAUUAAAAUUUGCUUUGUAGUUUGCAAAUAUUAGUUGUCUCUUCACAUUAUGAGUGAAGGCUUUGCAAAGCACUCCCACUAACUCGAAUAAUGUUCUUUAUCAAUCAGAAACACUUCAGUACCAGUUAGUACCUGUUAUACUGCAGUUAUACUUUUAAGUUGCACCAGGAAGACAGUUUAUGAUGAAAGAAAAGCACAGGCGUUAGUGAUGACAUUAUGAUGAGUCACAUUCAUGUGUUCCAACAGUGUGAGGAACCCCGAACUCCUGAACAACAUUCAGCUGUUCGUCUUAGUGUAAACUGACUUCAAAGACAUAUUAUUAUGUAGCUAAUACAUAUUUUAGACGAGGUGCUUUUACCAACAUCUUGAAUGUUUUGUGUUGUUUGAAUGUUGUUUAUGAACCUGCAGUCAAAAAAGAUCAAAUAAGUUCAACAGUUUUUCCGUGAUUGAAAUGUUUUUUUCAGGGUGUUUCGAAAUGCAGAUUAAACCAUUUUUAUAGCUGGUCAUAAAUUGGUAAUAAUGUAUCAAAGGCUUAUACCUGUUUAAUGUGACUAUCUGAUGAAGUCACUGACUUUAAGCUCACAGCAGCUGUUCAGAGCUGCUCUGUAGCUCUGAAUACCUCAGGUCUGCUUCUGUUAAGGUGAACUGAGUUGAUUUUUGAGAGCAGGUUUGGAUUAAUGGGAUUAAUAUAUUAAAUAUAAUUUGUCUCUGUUGAAUGGCAUAAACCUCAACUACCUAUUUAAGCUAAAUGAACAAUGCUUCCAUGUUUGUUUUUCCACAUUAUUCCUCAUGUUUCAGACAGCUGAACAGCUGCUUUUGGGAUGCAGGUCACUCACAGCCAGCAUUUAUUAUCUGGAUAUUCAAGUUUCUAUGUGGAACUUCAGCAGCCGUGCUCAUGGAGAAUUAUGCAUUGAUUAGCUUUUGUUUUGCUGUCAGGAGCCAACUUGUUGAAAAAAUAUAUAUAUUGUGUGUUUUUAAUUGUUUAAUUCUAACGAUGAAAUUAAAUUAAUUACAUCUUGGAUUCCUUUUUCUUAAGUUGUGCCAAAGUUCUUCUACAGGCAAGUCUCACUGCUCAGCAGCAGUAAUACAGCA